AUGAUGUCUUUUAAAGUCUUGUUUGUUCUUAGCGCUUUUGUAGCCAUAAUUUCGGCCAAAUCAUUGACAAAUUUGGCUGACGAUGGAGCGCAUAGUAUAAAAGUUUGUGACUCUACUAAUGCUAAUACUUUGGUUUAUCAAACCUCAGUGGUUGUUGAGGGCAAGUUCCUCGCCCAUGUUGAAAAACAUGUGGCUUGGCCUUCAGUGUCAAUUAACAAAGAGGACAUAACUUGCGUUAUGGCAAUUGAUCAAGACACCAACGGGCAUGGAGGUUAUGCUUACAUUGUUUCUGGGGGCCUUUAUGAGAAAGAGGUGGAAAUUAGAUUGACUUCACAUCAUACUUUGGUUUAUCAAACCUCAGUGGUUGUCGAGGGCAAGUUCCUCGCCCAUGUUGAACAACAUGUGGCUUGGCCUACAGUAUCAAUCAACACCGAGGACAUAACUUGCGUUAUGGCAAUUGAUCAAGACACCAACGGGCAUGGAGGUUAUGCUUCCAUUGUUUCUGGAGGCCUUUAUGAGAAAGAGGUUGAAAUUAGAUUGACUUCACAGUUGGGCAAAGGAUUGAACUACAUGGUCAGCAUUUACACCAAUUAA